AUGAAUAGUAUAAUGGAUGCUUGCAACUCUUACAGCCAUAAUGUUACAUUUGGUGGGAAACGGCCAUUGUCACAGAAAAAUCCUGAUAUUAUAAUGUUAUUGACUGACUUUGUGCAGUGGUCUUCAGAAUGGUCCAAAAAUCCCAAUAAAAUAACUAAAGUUCCUUGCUUCAAAGGUUUCGUAAUUACAGUACAAGCUAUUCUUAAUCUGUAUCAGGAAUUUGCAAGUAAAUAUGAAGGAUUUGAACUUGCAACAGGUUUAUAUAACCAAGAUUCGGUGGAACAUUUUUUUUCAAAACUUCGGCAAUGCGGAGAAUCCAAUCCUAAUCCAACCGCAAGAAUGGUCCGACUGUCAUUCAGACAUAUUCUUUCCACGGGUUAUAUUCAGACGAGUGACAAAGGCAACGUGCAAUGUCUGGAGACUGAGACCCUUAUUAAUCAACCGAAUCAGACAAUUAAAAGGGUUGAAAAUAAUAUGAAUGCAGACGUUCCUUUUCUUGAUGACGAUGAUGCUGAUGCUGAUUAUCCAGAAUUAUUUAUCUGA